CCAAUUGGCGUUCUUGCUCUUCGCGCUUUUUUUUCUCUUUCUUUUAAGCUUGGUCUCUUUUAUUCUUUCGGUACGUCGUUGCUCUAUGUAUACAUAAUACAUACGAACUCUGUAGCGAUCAUAGAGAGCUCGGGCAUUAUAUGAGGACUUUUAUUUCUUCUCUACCUAUUUUGUUGUUUGAACGUCUUCUAGUUUUUUUAUCUUUUUCUUGUCAUUGACAAAUCAACCAGUUAUUAUUUUUAUUUGGUGUUGUUGAUUGAAUAAUAUUUUUUCAAUUCUAUUUCAUUAUUUUCAUAUUUGAACUAGAGUGAUUAGUGUUUUAAUUGAGGUGAAAAUAUAAAUAAUAAUAAUGAAACAACGAAGAAGUUGUGAUGAAUGGGAAAAUAACUCAGAAGCCAACUAUCAACCUCAAGAGUAUGAUGAUCUAUCAAAGCAUUCAGAGUUGAGACAAUCAAUAAGGGAGAAUGCAACUGUUGAAGAAUCAUCGACAAUUGAUAUCAAAGAAGCAAACCAGCCAAUAAAAAAUGAAAACGUAAAUUCCUGUAUCAAAGAAGUAUGUCUGAAUCAUCAACAACAUGAACAGCAACAACAACAGCAGCAAAAACAAGAAUUCGAGUAUGUUGAGGAUGGCGGGGAUAAUGUGGGCGUGCUGGAGGCGGUCCAACCGGAAAUUGAAAAUGGCGUACUGGUUGAAACUAACACAUCUGAACAUAGUGCACUAUCUUUUGUUCCAACAGAACAUCAAAGUACAAACUCUUACAGUCUUCAUCAUACUCUAGACUAUCAACAACCCCAUGAAAUUUUUCACCACAGGGAUUGUCUUACAGUAGAAUCUCAAGAUUAUAGUUGUGAUAAAUCGAAAGAAAAGAAGGAACAAAAUCAGCAACAGGUUGAUUCCCUCCAUCAACACCACCACUCACACCAUGAACAUCAUCAACAGCACCAUCAAUAUGAGCAGCUCGGCGGGGCAAUAGAAGUAACUGUUCCUGAGGGAGGGGAUGACCGGCAUUCAUCCGAGGUUUCGCUUCCAAGUGAGGGAAAUCGAGUCAGUAGUCACAUGCCACACUCUACGAUGCAUCGGUACGCAGCAACUGAGACACUCUCUCAAUCAGAUCAUCAUCUCAAUCAUCAUCAUCAUCACCAUCACCACCAACAACCACAACAUUUAAGUGAUCCGCAAUUGAUACAAAGACAUUUGGAAGACGCUAAUCAUCAUCAAGAAACAGUGGAAAGACUUAGUGGAAUUGUAGCAGCAAUGAGAGGAACAAGGAGUGAUUUUGCUUUAGGAGUCUUGUUUCCAACACUAACAGGAGGUGGAUCAGCUACUACGGAAUCAGUUGAAAGUGCUAGUGCACAUCAUUUAGAUGAUGUUUUACCAGAAGAUACUUAUCUUCAACAUCAAAUAAGAUCCAGUGGCGGUGGUGGAGGUGUUUCACCGCCAGUAAGAACUGGAAGUUCUCCAAGUUCUAGUAGGAGUCCUCAUGACGAUCAAGGAAUUAAUUCUCCACAUCGACAUUCGUCCAAUAAUGAUGGAAGUUAUAGUCCUAAUGAUCAAAGUAGAAUUCAAAAUUUUACACAUCUGACUUCAAUGCAACCACCUAAUCCAAUUGCUGCUCAUGGACUUGCAGACAAUGAACGGAAUGAUCUUUACAUGGUUUCUGUCUACAAUCAACAUUCAAGUACUCCUCAUCAUCACCAUCAAGAUCACGACCAAGGGCCUCCAACUCCUCAUUCAUCACCUGGACCAUUGACUAAUCCUUCACUGUAUCGCACUAUGAGUGGAGUUGGUUCAAUGGGAGGAGCAGGUGCAGGAGGUGGUUACGCACUAUCAUAUAUGACUGCUAGUCCCACCGAGCUUGCUGGAUCUCCUCAGCAGCUUUGGAGUUCAUCAAGUCUCAAUACAUCACUCCCACCAAUAUCUGAAGAUUAUAAUAAUAAACCAACUGGAGGAGUUACCCAUCAAAGUUUACCAUCAUUUUCACAACCCUUUGGAGCACGUUCUGGUGGUCGAGGAUACUCUCCACCAUAUUGUAUACAACCAACAACAACAGGAUCAUCAGGUGGUACCACGGGUGAAACUUGGCCUUAUCCCAUUCCAACAGUUGAUUCUCUUGCUUCCUCAUACACAAGUAUUGCAACACCCACAAGACGACAAACAAACAAUCCAUCAGGCGCACAUAAUCAAAUAAGCGCAGCUGCAAGUCUAUCAGCAAUGCACAGCAUCGAGGCAGAAUACUAUACAGAGGGUCGCGAAUGUGUGAACUGUGGAGCGAUAUCGACCCCUCUGUGGCGAAGAGACGGUACGGGACAUUAUCUAUGCAAUGCCUGCGGCCUUUACCACAAGAUGAACGGCAUGAAUCGGCCACUGGUCAAGCAAUCGAGACGAUUGUCAGCAUCGAAGCGAGUUGGUCUAUGUUGCAGUAAUUGCCAAACACAUGUAACAUCUUUAUGGCGUAGAAACUCCAGUGGAGAUCCAGUAUGCAACGCUUGUGGACUUUAUUUCAAACUUCAUGGAGUCUGCAGACCAUUGGCUAUGAAAAAGGAUAAUAUUCAGACUCGUAAACGAAAGCCAAAGGGUACUAUGAAAUCCAGUAGUGUGGAUUGUACCAUGAGAAUAUCAAUAGAAGAUCAUUCUAUUAAUAAUAAUAACAAUAACAAUAACAAUAGUCAUCCUGCCAAACGUCUAAAAUUAGAUCCAGAUGCUUAUGGAGAUCUAGGAAUAAACCAUCAGAAUACAUCACAGUCAACAUAUUCACAUUCAAUCUACAGCGCAAAUUCACAAGGUACUGGUCGGGUAAUUUCCUAUCAACCUGCAAUACAAGUAGGAUAUUAUGAAAUGAUGGAAUCACAUCAGCAGCAACAACAGCAACAGCAACAGCAGCAACAUCAAGAAUUACUAGAUUGUCAUUCACCUAAAGUAGAAUGUUCUUCACCAUCAAAUCGUGGUUCUCCUGCUUUAUUAUCAGCUAAUCAUUCACCAGAUCAUCAUUUGACAACUCCUCAUAUCGUAACCUUAGGAAAUUCAUCUCCAACUACAACUAAUAAUAAAUUGAUGCUUGACAAUAGUCAUUUAGAAAGACCUACUGUCGUAUCAAUAUCUUCUUAAAGUUUCCAGAAUUAUGUUUAUUGUUUAAGAAAAAUUUUUUAAUUGGCUUGAGAAGUCGAAAUUUUUUUUUCAUUUUUUAUAAGAAAUUUUAAAAUUUUAUGUAGAUUUAAUGAUAAAAAUAUUUUUCGCUGCUAUUGAUAGCAGCAUAGGUUGUGAUUGUAAAAAAUGACCUCGUGUAAAAAUUGAGAUGAACAUUUUUAUGAAUUAAACACAAUCAGCAAUCUUCCUUCGAUUUAAUCAUAUAAAAUAUAUUCAUAUAUAUUUUUUUUAUAAUAAUAAUAAUAAUAAUAUGGCAUAUUAUUUCUAGAUGUAUAUACUUUUGUCCUAUGAGGAAAGUAAAAAAAAAAAAAGUAAAUAAAUAUUAAAAUUAAGCUAAAAUUAAAAUUUCUAUUGUGUAAUAUAAAUAUUCAAGUGAAUCAAAUUGAGUUCAUAUCUCAUUAUAUUCAUCUAUUUCGAUAUUACUAUGUAAAGUUUAUAUCAAUUUUAUUUUAAUUCCUUUUUAAUAUUUUCAUGAGUUAUUAUAUUUUGAUUUUAUUAUUUUCUAUUUCACCAAAGAGGAUAUGGGAAUAGUUAUGAAUUACGAUUUUAAUAUUGUACAAUUUUAAUAUUAAAUUAUUGUUAACAUGACCACUAUAUUAUUUUGAACAUUAUCGCUACUGUUACACGCACUUAUAUCUAUAAAAAUUUAUUCAUACAUAAAUAUCCAAACAUAUAAUAAAUAUGUAAUACAUAAAAUACGAUUAAAAAAUGCCAAAUAAAAAAAAAUCUA